CUGGAACAAAAUGGCUGCUGGCUUGAAUGGUGUGUUUGUGGAGGUGACAGUGCUGGUGUAACACAACAUCGCCUCCUGUCACACAGCAAGCACAAUGCAACAAGUCCUAGAAUAUGCAUUGGAUCGGGCUGAGUACAUUGUAGAAAGUGCUCGUCAGCGACCAGCGAAGAGGCGAGUGUCCUCCAGCGGAAGGAAAUCCUUAUAUCAGAAACUUUAUGAAUUGUACAUUGAAGAGUGUGAAAAAGAACCAGAGUUGAAGAAACUGAGGAGAAAUGUGAAUCUACUACAGAAACUGGUCUCACAGGAGUCCGUCUCGUGUCUGGUGGUCAAUCUGUACCCUGGCAAUGAAGGAUACUCGCUUAUGCUUAGAGGAAAAAACGGAUCUGAUUCAGAAACGAUUCGGCUUCGCUAUGAAGAGGGUGAAUUACUGGAUUACCUGGAUGCAGAGGAACUGCCGCCCAUCCUUGUAGACCUUCUGGAAAAAUCACAGGUGAAUAUUUUCCACUGUGGCUGUGUGAUAGCCGAGGUCAGAGACUACAGACAGUCCGGAAACACAAAGAUGCCCACAUACCAGAGCCGGCACAUCCUGCUGAGACCCACUAUGCAGACUCUGAUCUGCGACGUUCACGCCAUGACAAGUGACCACAAGUGGACGCAGGAUGAUAAACUUCAACUGGAGAGUCAGUUGAUUCUGGCUACAGCAGAGCCUCUGUGUCUCGACCCCUCCAUCUCUGUCAGCUGCACCACCAACCGUCUGCUCUACAACAAGCAGAAGAUGAACACGCGCUCCAUGAAACGGUGUUUUAGGAGACAUUCGCGAGCAGCUCUGAACAGACAGCAGGAGAUUAUGAGCCACUGUCCUGCACUGCCGCAGCUUCGACUGCUGGAUUACCUGCAGAGGAGGAAAGAGAGGAAACCUGCUCCCUCCAUAGACCUGAAGAUCUCCAAAGCUGGAAACUGUGUGGACAUGUGGAAACAAAGCAGUUGUCAGCUGACCGCCCCUGCAGAAAUCGACGUGGAAAAAUACGCAGUGGCAGAAAACGCUGCCAAACUCGAUGACACUCAGCCUACUGUUUGGCCUGCGCAGGACGUAAGGGACGACUACACUUUCGAGUGUGAAAUGGGAGGCCAACUGCAAAGAACAAAAGUCACAAUCUUCCAGUCAAUGGGAGACCCAUUGGUCUACGGAAAAAUCUACAGCGCCAAAGACUCCAAAUUAGAGGAGGACGUCACAGACCUGCACCUCAUUCACCCACCAUUCCUCAUAGGUUCAAAGACAGAUGCUGAUCGGUUUCUGAUGCAGUAUAAAGAGGUGUAUGAACGAGACGUCAAGUGUCAGGUCAAGAUGUUGCACAACUCCCAGAGUCAACUCUCGCCCUCCAGAGAGAACGAGACUGAUAGUUUCUCUGCUCUGGUCCAGUCUUCGGUUUUAGGAAAAGGUGUCAAACACAGACCUCCUCCUAUCAAACUGCCAGCCGGCUCAGCCUGCGCCUCCUCAGGUAACCCAUACAGUACACAGGCCUCCAGUGGACAUCUGAAGUGCCCGACACCUCCACCCUCAAAGAAUCAGUCGCUCUCCCGGAAACACUCCAUAGAGCUCGGCCUGCUGUCUCCUGCUGCUCUCUCGCCAAUGCAGAGAUCAGGUACUCCCAAGCCUUCCACGCCCACCCCCACAAACACACCUUGUUCAACGCCACACCCUGCCGAUGUUCAGAGUGCCACGCCCUCCGUCACGCCCACCCCGCAGGACCCCACUCUUCCACAGCCGCCUACGCUGCUAACGCCCUUUGCCCAGCAGCAGAUGACUCUGCCCGUCAUGACCAUCCCCCUGCCCACGUCUAGCACCACGUCUUCACAAGUCAUGACCAACCCUGCGGGGCUCAACUUCAUCAACGUGGUGGGCUCAGUUUGCAGUCCGCAGACUCUGAUGAGCGGCUCUAAUUCGAUGCUGGGUUGUAGUCCUGGGACUCUGGCAUCUGGUAUCCCACUGAGUGGACUUUUACCUUCUGGCGGUCUCAUGUCUGGAGCUCUGCCUGCCAUGCAGCCUGCAGCUCCAGGAGGCGGGCCUUUCGGUCUGAACAGUAGCCCAGGACUCCGGCCGCUCAACCUCCUCCAGCUUCCUACGGGACCACUGAUAUUUAACUCACUACAGCAGCAGCAGUUUUCCCCUCAACAGCAAAGCAGUCAGUCAGCCACAUCCAGCCCACAGCAGCAGGGGGAGUCGGCUGACGGGGGUCUGACGGCAGAGCAGGGUCUGUCAGCGCAGCAGACGGCCGUCAUUAAUCUGACCGGCGUCGGAGGAUUCAUGUCUCCUCAAGCAGCAGUGCUGUCCCAGCUGGGUUGUGGUCUGGAGGGGUCCGGGCCCAGCCUACCGUCCCCGAGGCUCCAGCAACAGCACCAGCCACAGAUCCAAUUGCAAUUCUUGCAGCACCAAAUGCAACAGCAGCAAAUGGGUAUGGCAGUGGGGGCGGCGGCACAGGCAGCUCUGCCACGUCCACAUUCCGCCAACCAGCCAAAAAGUAAACGGAAGCGCAGCACGCCGCAGCCCCUCUCCAAAUCAUGACCUCGGCCCCGCCCACAACCUGGAUGUCAACAAACGGCACUGUGCUCCAUCUGCAGCAUUUCACAGACUGAUUGCAGCUUUUGACUGGACUUUUUUUUUUUUACAUUACAUCAAUAGGAGUGCAGGAAUUUCCCGUCUGACCUCCCUCAGCCCAGAUGAAUAGAUGUACUCGCAGCGAUGAUAUUUUUUAGAACAGGCGGACAGUAUUACAGUAUUUUUAAAAGAAAUACAAGAUUAUGAAAUGUAGGGUUCUCCAACAGCAUGCUGUGUUUAUUUUCCUUCCAAACGAAAGCCUGUUUGGCUGGACCCUACGCACACUAAGGGCCGUGCAGAUGUGCCUCAAUCACUUGUUGCUCAACUUUACCGUUACAAAGAUGAAAAAAAAACUCUUUCUCUCUCUACUGCUGGGGGUCCGAGCGAUAGAGCGCCUCGUCCCAGCAUGCAAGUACAUGUGCGGUUUUUAUACGGCACAUUUUAGAAAACUAUGGCAUUUUGUUAUAC